CUUCCGCGUACAAAAUGGCGGACCAGUACGUCGAUAAGAAGACCGUGAACUCGUCAUACAGACCCAAAAGCAACCAAAUGUCUCCAGGCCUAAAGCGAGCGCGGCAGCCCUUCUUCCUACGCAAUACCAUCACCGGUGUCGUCCUCGCGUCUUUCGCCGUCGGCGUGUGGGCGUACUCUAUUGGUGCCGUCAAACAAGAUGACUUCACCGAUGUCGACGAGGAGGCACGCGCCCUUGCGCGGUCGGGAGCCUCCGCCGUGCAGGCCGCCGUCACCGAUGCGGAGAAGAAGGCAGUCGAGCGUACGGAAGCUGCUGCCCCUGGUACUGGAGUCGCGCCGCCUGUCGAGCCUGCGGGCGGUGUGAUUGCCACCUCUGCGACUCCGAUACCUGUGGCAUCCGCCCAGCUGACACGCCCGCGGGGCGUGCUGGCGUCCCUCGUGCACGAUCGGCACCCAAACUUGCUAGACCCGACGACGAAGACGUUUAUUUGGGGAGCACCAUCCGUAGAUAGGAUAGGGAGAUUGGGCGAGCCGUCACCAAUUUCGCAGCGCAAGUAGUAUUCCGACUGAAGUUGGCAUUAAAAAGUAUCUAUCUCAUAACACAUACCCUC